GUCUAAUAUCUCAAAAAUUAGGCUCGUUUGAAAGGAAGGUGUGCGAGAAUUCUGAGGCGUCGUUGGAGAAAAUACAGCAGUCGAUACUAAAUGCGGACACUUACAAAUUUAAUAUGAAAAGUUGUGAGGUGCAGCAUAAAUUUAAUUCCAAAGUACGGGCUAAAUUGGUGGACGCCACGCAUUCUUUAAUGUCGGACCCAGAUACAACGCGUAACAAAAUAGAAGAAGGUAUGUCAAUGUUAGACUAUCGGAACAAGCUGGUUAAGCUAGCGGACAGUUCUGAGUCCGGCUGGAAAACGGUGGAUGAGUACAUAGCGAAUCCUAUAGCAUCAGACUCGGACGAUGAGAAGAAAAUGGACCGAGCGAUAUCCAGGGCUAAUAAAAAAGUUAAAGCGGCGAAAACAAAGUCGACGCGUGGGAGGAACAGAUACAGGCCUUAUCGUCGGGAGAACACGGAGACGAGGAACCCCAUGACUAUAAGCCCAGCGAGAGAGAGACAGGGAUAUUUCCCCAGGAGUGUCAACAAACCCGGCACCUGUUUCGGCUGUGGAAAGGCUGGGCAUUGGCGACAGGAGUGUCCUGGGGUCCAUGGAGGGGUUUCGAACCCAUCGGCUCAUAAGAUAAGUAGAUCUUUGUUUACUAUGCAUGUGCGAACAUCAGUCAUAAACGAGAACAAGCAGGUAAGAGAUGAUAAGUGUUGUCCUGUACAUAAGGGUAAUGGUACAGAAACUGAGCGUUCGCCGGUCGGACGUUUGAAAGGUAGUAUUCAGUAUUGGGAGAAAAAAGGUACCAGUGAGGCGGUUCUCUCCAUAAUAGAGAGUGGAUACAAACUCCCAUUUAGGGAAAUUCCGCCAAGUGUGGUAUUGUCGAAUAACAAGACUGCACGGGAUAAUCCCGACUUUGUUAAAGCAGAAAUUGAAAAGCUAUUACGACUUGGGUGCGUGACAGAAGUACCGUUAUGUCCAGCUGUCGUAAAUCCGCUGACAGUAGCCUUCAAUAAGACAGGUAAGCCACGCCUAGUUCUGGACUGUAGACACAUCAAUCCGUAUUUGCAUAAAUUUAAAUUCAAAUAUGACGACGCUAAAGUAGCGAGGGAGGUGCUUCAGACGGGUGAUUACCUGUUUACUUUUGAUUUGAAGUCUGCAUACCAUCAUAUUGAAAUUUUCUCAGAACACAGAAAAUUUCUUGGUUUUCAAUAUGAAAUAGAAGGUAGGACGCGGCAAUACAUCUGGAAUGUUCUCGCAUUCGGUGUUUCUACAGCAGCAUUUCAAUUCUCAAAGGUUUUGAGAGAAGUCGUCAAAUCUGUUCGUAGUGCAGGUCAUAGGCUAAUUAUGUAUUUGGACGACGGUAUCGGGGGUCAUGAGACGGAAGGCGGGGCCAAUGAGGUAAGCAGGUAUGUUAAGCAGGCUUUAACGGAUUACGGCUUUCUCCUCGCUGAAGAGAAAUGUCAUUGGAAGGCAUCGAGAUGCGCUACCUGGCUAGGGUAUACAUGGUCUAUGGAGGUAGGCGUGGUCAGGGUUACUACAGACAGGAUUGAUCGGCUUUUGUAUUGGUUAUCCAAUACAAUGACACAGGUCACACAAAGAGGUCAGGUAUUGUUCUCCGUCCGGUAUGUAGCGGCUUUGGUCGGCCGAAUCAUAUCUAUGCAGGGUGUGGUUGGGUCCGUCGCUCGUUUGCGUACUCGAGCGUUGUACACAUGUGUAUUAUCUAGAGCAAGUUGGAAUGCGCGUGUUAUGCUUACGGCAGAGGCUAUUGACGAGAUAGAAUUCUGGUUGUUAAAUGUGCAAUCCAUGAACGAUAAAGGUUCUACAUUAUUGAAUGAGCACGCAGUGUGUGAUGUUGUGGUAUGCACGGACGCAUCUGCAGUGGGAUACGGGGGAUAUGUACAAGAGGUGCAUGGUGAGUACAAACACGAGGGUGAUUUAGAUCAGAUAAUCGAUAUUGGUUACGGUGAGUUUGUAUACACACGUGAUGGUGUACCGUUAGAUGAACACGGUGUUGUCAUUGGUGUACAUGUAGAUUCGGGUGACGCCACAGUAGUGGUAAUCUCUCCGAGAGAUGGGGUGGAGGCAUAUGAUGCUGUUUACGGCACUCAGGGUGUUGUACGACCCGCAGGGGGUCAGGGCCACGGAGACCCCGGUGAGGGGCGACCUUUGAGAGGUCAUGUCAUCACAGAUAACACCCCGGGUGUUUGUCGCCUAAUGAAAGGCGGGGCCAAGGCUGGCCCCAGUAUAGGGCGACCUUUGAGAGGUCAGUGUGGUAGCACUCAUAGUGCGGAUCGAUCCUUAGGGGGUCAUAUUAUCCCUAAGACAGGACGGCCUUUGAAACGUCAGGCAUAGGACUGAGGGGAUCCAUAGAUGAUGCGAUCAAGGCCUCUGGGGUCACGGAAGGCUCUCCACUAUACAAGAUGGCAGA